AUGUGUUGGCACAGGUGGAUUCCAGUCACUCCCGAAGGGUGCAAGGCCUCAAAUCCUCAUAUGGUGAUGCACAAGGAGACAAUCUACUGCAACACUGUGAUUGACACGGCUAUCAAACUAUCCCAGCCGGAUAGCCAUCCUAACGAUGUCGAGAAAGAUGGGCAAUGGCGCACCGGCAGCCGCGUCAAAUUCGACGUUUGCCCCGAUGAGAACAACAAAAUAUUUGACUCGUUCAACCGCAGUAUCGAGGUCAAGCCUCUCCAGAUGGUCAAUAUCCGCUGCCCGUGCUGUACGGGUGAAAUAUCGACAGUCGAUGCAUUGCUGACCGAUCCCAAUUUCCAAUCCUCCUAUGCUGUCCUCCCAAAUGGUCGACAGCUUCGCAUCCCCAACGUCACAGAGGGACUUGACGACUACCUAUGCCAACCUCUAGAUGUGCCACUUCUCAAACUCAGAAUCAGCAAGACGAAGAUACAUGAGGUCGAGGAUAGUCUCUUCGACAGCGACUCAAUUCAAGACGAGCAUAACAGCGAAACAUGCCUACAGUGCCAGUAUCCCCUGGCUUGCCCCCCACCGCUAUUAUCCAGAAGUCUGAUGGACGCCGACAUAAGCAUCUCUACAUUUCGCAGAAGGAUCAAAUCGCAAGCCCGCAAUCCCCAGAUCUGGCAAAUGACUCCGCAGGGGGUAGCUUCCGGCAUGAUGACUCCCGUCUAUCGCAGAACCGAUGGGGACAAUGAGGCGGAUUACUGUGACGAGGAGGACGAGUUUGAGAUUCCCGACUUCGGAUGUGUCGGGUUGAGAUUUCCAGUUACCAAGACUGUAAGGCCUCCGUUUGUGAGUCCUAUUCACGGACUGAUUCAAAAGCUGGAUGAUGAGCGGCCGGACAUCCACCAGGGGGCCUAA